AGCGCGCGCUAGACGAUACAAGAUGGACUAUGUGUUUAGACAAUGUUAUUUUGUUAUUAAUUUUCACUUUACCUGAAUAGUUAUUUUAUGGUCGAGUGGUUUGAAUAGUUUUAUAGUGGGGGGACAAGCACAUAUCAAACAUAUAUAAUCUGGUUUUGAACAGCGAAUAACUGGUGUCAUUGGACUCCAGAUCUGCUGUUGAAAACCAGAUUUGGUCCCAGUUAUUUUCUUUGGUUGGACCGUUGCAUGGACUUAUUCAUGAUGAACUGUGAAUUAUUGGCCACAUGCAGUGCGUUGGGUUAUCUGGAGGGAGACAUUUAUCACAAAGAACCAGACUGUCUCGAGAGUGUGAAAGAUCUUAUCCGCUACCUGCGACAUGAGGAUGACACACGGGACAUCAGACAGCAGCUGGGAGCAGGACAGAUUCUUCAAAACGACCUCAUACCCAUCAUCGUCCAGCACACGGAGGACAAGCCACUGUUUGAUGCCUGUAUUAGGCUGAUGGUGAACUUGACCCAACCAGCGCUGCUUUGCUUUGGAAAAGUUCCAGAUGAUCCGACAUUCAGACAUCACUUUCUGCAAGUGACAUCAUAUCUUCAGGCCUAUAAAGAGGCAUUUGCGGAUGAGAAGGUUUUCACUGUACUGAGUGAGACGCUUUACAACCUUCUGCAACUGGAUUGGGAGGAAAGGACUGAAGAACAUAAUCUACUGAUAGAGAGAAUUUUGCUGCUGGUGAGAAAUGUACUGCACAUUCCUCCAGACCCCUAUGAGGAAAAAAAUGUGGAUGAUGAUGCCAGUGUUCAUGAUAAACUGCUGUGGGCUCUUCACAUGAGUGGACUGGAUGAUCUUCUCAAGUUUCUGGCCUGUGCUCAGAGUGAACAGAAGUGGAGCUUUCACAUACUUGAGAUCAUUUCACUCAUGUUCAAAGAUCAGACUGCAGAGAUGUUGGUGAAUGCAGGACAGAUACGUUCAGCAGCGGAGAAACAGAAAGACGCGGAUGAACUUGAGCAACUGAGAAGAAAAGAGAUAGCAGCAAAACACAGUCGUGCUCUGCAGAGAGGAACCAGACACUCUCGUUUCCGUGGCUCAUAUGUCAUUGAAGGACUGAAGUCCAUUGGAGAGAAAGAUGUGAUUUUUCAUCAAGGACUUCACAAUUUCAAGAACUAUUCUCAUGAUUUGGGUAAGAACGUGAGACGUGUGCCCAAACGCAAACAGAUUGCUAGAGACUCUGCGAGACAACGGCGCUCUGCAUUGAAUGUACGUCUCUUCCUGCGUGAGUUCUGCAUUGACUUUCUGGAGAACUGCUACAAUCACCUCAUGUACCUGGUAAAGGAGGAUCUGAUCCGUGAACGGGCCCAACAGCACGAUGAGACGUAUUACCUGUGGGCGUUAACCUUCUUCAUGGCCUUUAAUCGUGGUCAGAACUUCAGACCGGACCUUGUAUCUGAGACCAUGUCCAUCCGCACCUUUCAUUUUAUUGAGAAGAACAUUACUAACUACUACGAGAUGAUCCUCAUGGAUCGGAAAAGUGCCACAUCCUGGUCUCGCAGGAUGCACUUUGCUCUGAAGGCAUAUCAGGAGCUGUUGCUGACAGUAAAUGAGAUGGACCGCUCAAAAGUCGACAAUAUCCGGCACAGCGCCAGUGUCAUCAAGAGUAAUAUCUUCUAUCUGAUGGAGUUUAGAGAGAUUUUCCUCACUCUUUUACGCAAGUUUGAUGAACGGACACAGCCACGUUCAUUUCUUAAAGAUCUAGUGGAGUCCACGCAUCUGUUUUUGAAAAUGCUUGAGCGAUUCUGUAAGGGACGAAACAAUCUUGUUGUGCAGAAAAAGAAAGUUAAACGAAGAAAACGAAGUCAGAAGACCGUUCAGCCUGAGAUGACUACUGAAGAUCUGGAACAGACAUUUCAGAUAGUGUCUGAAGAGCUCCGAGCUUCUGGCUUUCAGUUAUCUGCGAGUCUGUCCGAGGGCAUUGUACCCUUUGAUGCUGCAGCUGAGACUCCAGUAAAUGAACAGAGGACUGAUGCUUUGAUCAGGAUUCAAGACUGUCUGAUGUCUCGCAGUGGACCUGAAGCACUGAGUUUACUGCGUGCUGCACGGUCGGUGUGGCCAGAAGGAGAGACGUUUGGAUCUGUGGAGGUCGCACCUGAGGAGGAACUUGAACUUCUCAAACAGAUACUAUUCACUAAACUCCCCAGAUCAGCUCCUGUAGAUUCUGCUCUGGAGGAUGAUGGGAUUGAGAUGGAGGAAGAGGAAGAACUGGAGUCUGUGACUGUGUCUGAAACAGAGUUCAACUUCAAAGACUUCAUUAAAAGAUUUGCCAACCCAAACAUUGUGCGUCCAUAUUUCAUCCUGCUGAGUUCAUAUUCCCAAAAUUCUCCUCAUACCAACCACUGCAUCAUACGCCUACUCCAUAGACUGGCGGUAGAUCUGAAGAUGGAUGCAUUAUUUUAUCAGCUCUCUGUCUUCUACUUAUUUAAUAAGAUUCUGGAAGACCCGGCAGCGGCCGCAUAUCAGGAGCUUGUCACUUUUACAAAGUUUGUUCUUAACCGUUUUUUCACGUUUGCUGCUAACAAUAACAAAGCAUUUGUGGAGAUGCUCUUCUGGAAGAAUGUGGGUGCUGUGAGAGACAUGACCGAGGGCUAUAGUAAAGAUGGUGAGGGCUCCAAGAAAAAAUCCAGGUGGACACCUGAGGAAGAAGAAGAGCUUAAGCACUUGUAUGAAGAGCACAAGAACUCUGGAGUGCCAGAUAUAGUGGAGACACUGAUCCAGUUGUUGAGCAGCAGCCGUACACGACGUGAGGUGGUUUCUCAGAUGGUGACGUUGGGUUUGGUGGACAGUGUGAAGGAUUUAAAGAAAGAGAGGAAGGGAACACAUAUUGUGCUGUGGACUGAAGAACAGGAGGAGGAACUUCAGAUGCUCUUUCAGGAGUAUAGAGACUCUGAUGAUGUGUUGGGAAACAUUUUAAAGCGCAUCACUGCCAAACGUUCAAGGGCGCGUGUAGUAGACAAGAUCCUCAGUAUGGGUCUUGUGUCCGAUCGCAAGGAACUUUACAAGAAAAGACAACGCAAUGCUCCUCAGAAGAAGAAAGGAAUGACAGAGGAAGACUUCUUCAGUUUGACAGAAGAGCAGCAGGAGUUAGACAUGGAGAGAGAUGAGGAAGAGAAGGAAGAAUCUGAGGAAGAUGAUGAUGAUGAAGAUGACAGUGAGGAGCAUGCUGACGUUUUGGCGAGUAAAGGACAGAGAAGCAGAUCUGAAAGCGUUCUGGAGAGAAAUCAGAAUCUGAGAAGAAUGGCUCAGACUUUACGACAAGAAGGUUUGUCAGGUCCUAUUCUUUGGCUACAGAAUUCACUCAACAGAACUGCUGAUGAUCGUGAGGAGGAAGGUGUUUCUCAUCCUGUACCACUGGUUCCUCUGACGGAGGAGAACGAGGAAGCAAUGGAGAAUAGGACUUUCCAAAAACUGUUGGGUAAAGUUGGGAUCCGAGCACCAGCAGACGGGCAGGAGUCUUUCUGGAGGAUUCCUGCCAGUCUGAAUGUUUCUCAUCUGAGGCGUUUAGCGGCGUCUCUUGACCCAUAUGAAGAGACUUCAGCUGAUGGGGAUAUUGAGACACAGAGUACAGAAAACAGUUCAGCAGUAGAAAUGGAGGACAAUACAGAUAAUGAAGAGCUACGAUCUCAAGCGCUGAGAGCUCUGCUGCUGUCACGACAAAGAAAACAUUCAUCUGUUCAGUCGAAAGAUGGGACAUCAUGUGAGGAAAAUACUGGAACUGAGGAUCAUGGUGAUCGUAGUGAAGGGUUGAGCUCAAAGAAGAGAAGCAGAGUGUUGGACAGUGACGAUGAUGAUGAUCAGGAAGAUGGGGAUUCUUCAUCCAAGCUAACAUCUGAAAGUGACAUUCAGUCACAUGACAAGACUCCUCAUGCUGCUCCAGCCAAACGCAAAUAUCAGCGAGUACUCAGUGACGAUGAGGAUUAGAUUCAUGUUUAACACGUAUAUCAAAAGUAUGUUGUAAUGUAUGGCUGUUCUUAUGUAUAAUUUAAAACAUGAAUUCAUGAUGUUUGGUAUGCCAUUGUCAGGAUGAUGGGUUUUUUGCUGCCUUGAUGGAUUUAAUUUGGAAGGAUGUGCAGGAUUUUGUUUGGGUUAUUUUUGAAAUACUGAUACCAUCUUUCUCUUAUUUGUCAUAACCAGCAAAAGAAAUAUGUAGUGCACUUGUAGUGUUGUUGUUAUUAUUAAGUGCACUACUUCACCAUUGUAAUUGUCAUGACUAGUUAUCUUAUACAAAAACAUCUUGCAUUCAAGGUUAACUUUUUUGCAGAUUGCUUGUUAAUAAAAUAUCAUGAAUAAAGUCUUGUGUUCUUUAUAUG